AAACUUCUGCUUGAGCAUGGAGCGCGACCGAACCUCGAGGGCGGGAGUAUCGGAACAGCGUUUCAAGCCGCUGCCUUUUGCGGCAACGGCAGCAUCGUCGAGCUCUUGCUGCAAUAUAACGCCGACCUCAACCUUUCCAACGGCUGGUAUGGUUCCGCCUUGGCUGCCGCUGCCUGUGCAGGGAACCGAUCCAUGGCCAGUUAUCUUCUUGACGCGGGAGGGGAUGUCAACGUUGUUGGUGACAAAGGGUUCAGGAGCGCGCUGGAAGCGUCUGCGAAUGAAUCGACAAAGAUCGAAAUCCUGCGCAUGCUUCUAGACCACGGGGCAGACAUCAACGCAGCCGACGAGUCGGGCUGCACAGCCCUAGAAGCCGCCUGCAGCGCCGAGCAAGCCCAUCGCUCUUCCAAAGCCGCAGUGCAGCUUCUCUUAUCUGCCGGCGCAGACAUCAACGCGCCAGGCGGCUACUACAGCAGCCCGCUCGAAGCGGCCAGCGCUAGCGGCGACAGCGACGUAGUGACGCUACUACUCGAAGCAGGCGUCGCAGACGCCGCCGCGAAAGACAGCGCGCUGCAAGCGGCAGCCAUUCUGGACCGGGCGGAGGUGCUUGCGAUUCUGCUGCGGCACGGUGCCGACGCGCAAGCAGCGAGUGGGCGAAGCCGGCUCACACGCGUCGACGACACGCCCCUGCACAGCGCGGGGUUUGAGGGUAAUGCCGAGAGCGUGCGCGUCCUCCUUGCUGCGGGGGCUGAUGUUGGUGCGAAAGGCCAU